CCCGGACAACCCAAGUGUGCACCAAGAGCGCCCCAAGAAGGGGGCCCAGAGGUCCGUAGCCAUUUUGGGUCAAGGCUCAAAGUUUGCAUCCAGGCUUACUCUUCUGCACAUCGCAUCCAUCACACGCACACUCGGCCAAGCUUACAGCUUAUACGUUAUACCUCGAUGUUUGCAUUUGCGUCAGCAAAUGUCUGCCAUCAGGCACCCUGGUUCGCGUGGUUGGUGGGCAUCGCCUUCCACAUUGUGCCCCUUGCAGAUUCGCUCAAGACGGUCUCCACGGUGAACGCAACGGGACACUUGCAGUUGUCGCUUGAUGUUGAUGGCAUGGUUCUCAAGACGGACCGCUCGUGGGCCUGCACUUCGAUCAGUGCGAGUAGUUUCACGUACCAGUACAAUUCUUAUCGGUCCGGCGACACGAUCGUGGUGACAAACAAUGCGUUGGGCCAGACCGGGCGGGCAUACUACAAGUGGACAAAUUCGGGGGGAUUCAAGAUCAAUUUCGAUAUGUGGAUGGGCGGUGGUACAGGCGCCGAUGGCAUGUGCAUGAAGUACGGAGGUUAUGAUUAUGGCGAAUAUGGCGAAAAUAUUGCUUCCAAUGGCUUAUCUGUAUGCUUCGACUCCUAUUCAAACGACAACGAUCAUGGCGUGGUGAUGGGCUGGAACGGUGGGAACAUCUUUUCACAGAUAGGCUCGGGCCACUGGGGUGAGCAAGUUCCUCUAUUCGAGGAUUCCACCUGGCAUGACGUCAUUGUGGAGGUUACCCCCAGCGGCAAUGGUGCGAAUGUGAUAUUGAAUUUCGACAACGGUUACUACUACAGAACUGCUUGGAUUGGUAGUUACUCGUCAAUCGUUGGCAGCCAGCAGUUGGCCUUCACUGCAAGAACUGGUGGCUCCACCAACUGGCACUACGUCAAGAACAUCCAGGCGUGCACCGCCGCGACGCCUAGCCCGACGCCGUAUCCGACGCCGUACCCGUCGCCGUACCCGACGCCGUAUCCAACGCCUUACCCGACGCCGUAUCCGACGCCGCACCCGACGCCGUACCCGACGCCCUAUCCGACGGCAUUCCCGACGCCCUAUCCGACGGCGUUUCCAACGCCAUUCCCGACGCCGUAUCCGACGCCGUACCCGACGGCGUUUCCGACGCCCUACCCGACGGCGUUCCCGACGCCCUACCCGACGGCGUUCCCGACGCCCUACCCGACGGCGUUCCCGACGCCCUACCCGACGGCGUUCCCGACGCCCUACCCGACGGCGUUCCCGACGCCCUUCCCGACGGCAUUCCCGACGCCGUUCCCGACGCCUGGCCCGACGCCCAGCCCGACGUAUCCUGCAGGUUGGCCGACGCCACAUCCGACCUUUCCUCCCAUGGCUCCCAUGGCGGGCGGAGCCGGGGCUGGGGGCGUGGCUGCAACUGGCGACCCACACUUGCAGAACAUCCACGGUGAGCGGUUCGAUGUGAUGAGGCCUGGCAGGCACGUCUUGCUACACAUCCCACGGGGCGAGCGGGCCGAGAGCGUGCUGCUCCGCGUGGAAGCCGAGGCGCGUCGGCUGGGCGGGCAGUGCGCAGACAUGUACUUCCAGGAGCUGAACAUCACGGGGGCGUGGGCGGAGGCGAAACAGACGGGCGGCCUCGUCUUCCAGGCCCGCAGCGACGACGGCGACCUCUCGGACUGGGAGAAGUUUGGGAGGAUCGAGCUGAAGGUUGCCCACGGGCGUACGAAGCAAGGCGUGCGCUACCUGAACUUCUACGUCAGGCACCUGGGGCGCGCCGGCUUCGACGUCGGAGGGCUGCUGGGAGGGGACGACCACUCCGCGGCCGCGGAGCCUCCGGAGGCGUGCGCUCGGCGCGUCUCCCUCGCGAGGGGGCACCACGCCUCGGAUGCAGAGGCGAGGCUUGCGUGACAGCGUGGGCGCGAGAGGGGCGAUGGCUCCGCUUUUGAGCGCUUUAGAGAGGCACGGCGAGAUCCCACGAUGGUACAGCGUAUCUGUUUGUAGCCGACACCCACGUGGGCCUGCGAGAGCCGCCGCGUUUGCUGGACGCGCCUUCUGAGCAAA